UAGCUCAUCAUAAGACUCACAACAACAUCACAAGACCUAUACACAAAACGUCGUACAAAUUACGACAUUCGUUGUUAAGAGGUAUAAAACGCUGGAAAAUGACAUCUUUCGUUUUUUUCUCGCUGAUUUUUUUUCAAUAUAUUGGAAUAAGCUGGUUGGUUGUAUCUGUUGAAGCAAAUAAAGAUGUAAUAUCGUCUUUGCCUGGCCUUCCCUACAUACCUGUAUUUCAACAAUAUUCUGGUUAUCUAAGCGCUUCUGGAGGAAGAAAAUUUCAUUAUUGGUUUGUUGAAUCUCAAGGUAAUCCACAAACAGAUCCAGUCGUUUUGUGGCUAAAUGGUGGACCAGGUUGUAGUUCAAUGGUUGGCCUUUUAUCUGAACAUGGCCCUUUUUUGGUCAAUCCCGAUGGCAAGACAUUACGUUAUAAUCCGCAUAGCUGGAAUAAGGUGGCCAACAUGUUGUAUUUGGAAUCACCGGCAGGAGUUGGUUUCUCUUAUUUAGAUAGCGAAGACUAUGCUACCAACGACACUGCUGUGGCUGCAGACAACUAUGCUGCAUUGGAGGACUUUUUUAACAAGUAUCCACAUUUUGCAGAUAAUCCAUUUUACAUCACGGGAGAAGGAUACGCAGGAGUUUAUGUGGCUACAUUAUCAAGUCACAUUUUAGGGGCUGUUAAUAAAACCAUUAAUCUUAAGGGAUUUGCUAUUGGCAAUGGAUUUUUAAGUGUAAAAGAUAAUGCUGAAUCACUUUUUUACUAUGCUUACUAUCAUGGACUACUUGGAAAUGACGACUGGAAAAACCUUCAAACCUACUGCUGUCCACGAGGAGCAUGCACUUUUUAUGAGUCGAAAAGUGCAUCAUGUCAACAAAUGGUUGAGCUUGUGAAGAGUACUAUAAUGAAUAUUGGCUUGAAUACAUUUGCAAUAUAUCAAAACUGUAGUAUUACACAGUCCAAUGGUAUUGACCAUUUCUUUGCCAUGGAGAAUGCAGUCUAUAAAGAGCAAAGACUUUUGCAAAGAACAUUUGAUAUGCCAACAUCAUGCAUAGAUUCAACAGAUUUACGUGUUUACCUUAACACACCAGCUGUUAGACAGGCUCUUAACAUACACGAUGGAAUUCGAGAAUGGACUCUUUGCAGUAAAAGUGUGAACGAUCUUUAUCGGAGUUAUUACAGCGACAUGACGGCUUUGAUUAAAAAAAUACUUCAGAAAACCCGUGGACUCAUUUAUAAUGGCGAUACUGAUCUUACGAUGAAUUUUUGGGUGCUCAAAAUUUCGUCGAAAGACUUGGUUUGAAACCCGUGUUGGGUCGUCGGUUUUGGAAAAUAAAAGGACAAGUCUCAGGAUUUGUAAAAGACUUCGAAGGUCUUAAAUUUGUUACAAUAAAGGGAGCAGGCCAUUUUGCACCGAAAGACAAGCCUGCAGAAGCAUUUAAAAUGUUUUCAUAUUUCUUGGAAAAUAAAAAUCUUUAUUGAGACCUGGCUAUUAUUGUGUGUUGUAUAAUGCCUAAAUAAUUACUAUCGAUGAACAUCCUCGAAUUAUUAGUCGUAAUUAAUUUUUAUUUUAGUGGGGGGUUAAAUUUUAAUCAAAAGUGCAAUUAUCGUAUUUGUAAAGCUACCAAAAACUUUGUUUGUGAAAAUAAAAGAUUGCACCAUUGUA